GCAAAACGCAAACGCCAAAAGCACGAGAAGAUUUCCAUUAACUCCGCCCUCGUGUGUUAUCUAUCCAUCCAUCCAGCCAUCCGUCUCAUCACCCCCACCUCUUCGCUCCGUCGCCUCCUCUCUCUCUCUCUCCUCGCCCCGCCGCUUUUUAGGGUUUUUGUUCGCGCCGCCCCGGUGAGAGGUAGACGGGUCUCCCCGGCGAGAUGGGCCACGUCGACGCAUCGGCCGCCGCCGCCGCCGCGCGCGACGCGAAGAAGAAGAGGGGGAACCGGUCGUCGGCGAAGCUGAAGCAGUGCAAGCUCGACGCGCGCCGCGAGCAGUGGCUUUCGCAAGUCAAGGAUGGAAAGGAGGCUAAGGCAUCGACUUCGCCGACAGGUACAGAGCCAAAUGCUGGGUCCAUGACCGUUCCUUCGCCACACCCUCCGCUCCCUCGCCGUCGCUUAGAUGUGAGGUCGAAGGGAGGGGAUCCAGAGGAGGACAGGGAGGAGAGGGGUGCUGCCAGGCAGGAGUUAGGCAGCAGCUAUCUGGACUCUCCUGUGCACAGCCCUAGCUCGGACAAUUCUGGGAGCGUUGGCGGCAUGCACAGGAAGCAUUACAACAAUGGUGGUGGCCUCAAUCUCAGCAGCAGCAGCAGUGUAUGGUCCAGUUCGAGAAGUGUGAGCGAGGCCGAGGAUGAUGAUACUGGUGGCCCUGAAGAGGAGAAUGGGGUCUUGGAUGACUGGGAAGCUGUUGCUGAUGCAGAUGCGCUUACAGUUGAUGAUUGUCAUUCCCACCAGAGUUCAGGUCAUGUGGCGCCACCAGCUGCUCCAAAUGUUUGUACAGCUCCUGCCAAUCAAACUGGAAGGCAAGAUCCCAUUCAGAGAACAAAAGCUUGGGCGCCUGAUGAUAUAUUCCGUCCACAGAGCUUACCCAGCAUCUCCAGGCAGGUCAGCUUCCCAGCAAGCAUCGGGAAUGGCUGGAUGGGUGCUGCACAGCAGGCCAACCUCUCUACGCCUUUGACAUGUCCAAUAUGCUGCGAGGAUCUUGACCUGACAGACUCAAGCUUCUGUCCUUGUCCUUGUAAAUUUUGCCUGUGUCUCUUCUGCCACAACAAGAUCCUCGAAGCUGAUGGACGCUGCCCUGGGUGCAGGAAGGAAUAUGUUGCUGCGCGGCUAUCCCGGUCUUGUAGCAUGGGUCCAAGAUACUAGGUUGUGCCAGGGUUUAUAAUAGCUCUCUGUCGCAAUUUGGUCCUUUGCUGUUGCUGUCAGAUAUGCGUUUUGUCUUGUGUUGUCCCUUUUUGGUAUAAAGAAAUGUGAAUAUUGGAUAGGUGCUAAAUCCAUAUAGAACGUCUCCAGAAACUCGGUGUCUGUUUUUAGACUGUUUGCAUUGUAUGUGAUGCGUAUGUUGCUGGAGAGGACUCCUUAUCGUUUUGUGAUAUCAUAUAUGAUAGCUAUAUAAGAUGACCUUUGCAGCUACUUAUCUACCCAUUUAUGAGCAAUGAAGUACAUUGAUCUUUGCGUAA